AUGUGCGUCAAGCGUGAGGCGGCCACAGGCUUCGCUCUCGCCGUUGGGACUUGGCCUUGGUUGACAAACCAGGGCCCGUGCAAGGACUCGGGGCCCAUAUGGGCGGUUUCGGGUGCAGGAGAGUUCCCCGUCGCGGCUCCGUCGUUCUUGUCGGAGAACAGGAUUAGAUGGCAGUGUGGAGGCGGGGGCGUUAUGGUCGGAGGGUCGGCUCAUGGGCUCCCAGGCCGCAUCGUCGUCAAGAUCCAUGAGGUCGUCCUCAGCUUCGCUCAUUUUGGCGAUCGUGAAUUGCGUUUCAGAGGGGGCGCCGAGUCUCCGCCGGAAUCCGACUCGCCGGAUUCGGCCGGUUCGAUAUCCUCAUCGUCGGCUGGAUCUUCCGCACCGUCGGUCAGAUCGGAGAAGCCGUCUUCCAGAUCGCCUUCAUCUUCCGCAGCAGUAUUCGUACCAGACGCCCUUGGAGCAGAUGUUCCAUUGGUGUCAGACGAUGAUGACGAAGACUCGAUUACGAUGCUUUGGCUGGUCAACCCCAGAUAUUUCUCAGAGAGAGAUUUUCCAGCCCCAUCGUUCUGA